CCUCUGCACAGUCAGCCACUGGGAAAAAAAAUCAUCAAUCCUUAAAGAAUUAGCAGAAGUGUCCCCAGCACUGCUCAGCCAGGAUGGGAUAGGAAGCUAGACUUGCAAAAUCUAUAGCAGUAUUACAAUGCCUAGUGCCAAGAUGGUGGUCCUUUCCAAGGAAUAUGGCUACGUGGUCCUGACUGGUGCUGCUAGUUUUGUCUUGAUCACACACCUUGCAGUGAAUGUGGCGAAGGCUCGCAAGAAGUACAAUAUAGAGUAUCCAAUCAUGUAUAGCACAGAUCCUGAUAAUGGACAUAUCUUCAACUGCAUCCAGCGUGCACACCAGAACACGUUGGAAGUUUACCCCGCCUUCCUAUUCUUUCUAGCUACAGGUGGAGCGUAUCACCCACGUGUUGCUGUUGGGCUUGGCCAUGCCUGGAUCAUUGGGAGAAUACUGUAUGCCUAUGGCUAUUACACAGGAGAUCCCAAAAAGAGAAGACGAGGAGGCAUUGGUUCAAUCGCACUUAUUGGAUUGGUGGGAAACGCUCUGUAUUCAGCCCUUCAGCACCUCGGCUGGGUUGCCACUGAGUAACUGACCUGCAGAUACCUGUGCUCUCCCUGGAAAAUCUGAUGUUUACCUUUUUUUUUGGUGGGGUGGGGAGCAGUUCCAGUAAUACAAUCCUUAAUUUCCA